GGGUGCCCGCCGCAACGAUGAACGGUUCGCCACGCUCGUGUCAACCGCAGAUAAGCCAUCGGACUAUGUCCUGAGUAGCGGUUUACAUAGCUGGGAUUGUGCACCGAUCAUACAGGGGUAAAAUAUGUCCGCCUCGGUGGGGCCCCGCGACAGCCCUCGCCCACCCACAGCGCAGAGCUCCAUACCCGAGCCACCGGACCUCAGUCACCUCACCGAGGAGGAGAGGGAAAUUAUCAUGGCUGUGAUGGUUCGGCAGAGGGAGGAAGAGGCAAAGGAUGAGGCCAUGCUCAAAGAGGAGAAACCCAUACAAGCAAAAACGGUGAACCUGGUCGGAAACAAAAAACCACCUCAGCAGAACGACAUCAGGUAA